AUGCAUACCGAGCUUAGCCUUGGAUGUGAAGCUUGUAGCAUAGGUCCACCCGCCCGAGCCGAAAGUUGCGAGGUGAUCGACCCCGAUCUCCCCGGCACCGGCGACGCCGCGGGGCGCGCGGUGGGGCCCGCCGCCGCCUCGGCGGGGGCGGGCCGCGCCCCGGCGGCCCCGGCGGCCGCCACCCGCGAUGCGCCGGGCCGGCGGGAUUCCAAGGAUGGGCUGCAGCAGGCGCCACCCACGGCGGGGACUGCCCAGGCCGGCGCCGCUCGCCCGCUCCCGGGGCUCGUCCUCGACUCGGGGCGCGACGCCAGCGGCGACGCGGGCGCGGGCCUUGCGCCGAGUGCGGCGGAGGAGGGCGAGCACGGACCUUUGCCGGGCGCGCCAGGAGUGCCAGCUUGCGCGGGCAGCGCUCUGCCGGGCUGCGGCCUGGUGUUUGUCCGGCGGCGGCCGGAGGAGUUCUCGAAGCCCACCGGGGCCAGGAGCUCCCUGACCGCAGAGCUGAGGCGACUGGACCGCCGCACUGGCUGCGCAGCUGGCGACAGCGUCAGCCCUCCAGGGGGUCACAGGUGGGGCCUCGACGCCGUGAGGACCCUCGAGCUGCGGGUUCACCUGGCUCCGUACGGUGGCGAGGCGAUCACCGUUGAGGUGCCCGCCUGCAUGUGCGUGGCGGCCCUGAGCGGCGAGGUGAUGCGCCAGAGCCGCAGGCGCCGGCGGAUCCAGACCAGCGCCUCUUGCGAGGUGCGAGUGUACGACGAGAGCCAGCGGCAGCCAGACUACAGCUACCCACCGUUCGACCCCGACCUCCGCCUGGGCAGCCUGGGCGUGAGGGACGUCGCGAUGUGCCCGCUGACGUGCCCGCCCGGCACACCGCCGUCGCCGCCGCUCGCGGCGCCCAGUGAGGGCUGCGAGCUGUCGGUCGCCGCGGUGACCCCGCUGGCGGACUUCUGCGCCCUGGCGCGGCGCAUGCCGUGCGCGGCUGGCGCCUCCAAGACGGCGCCCUCGAUCCAAGGAGUCCACCGACCUGCCCGCGGACAGCGCGGAUCGCGUGCGGCAGCCCCGGGCAGGGGACCCACGGCGCCGCAGAGGGGCAGCAAGGGCCAGGAGUCUGGGAGGGGCGGCGGCGAUACCCACGCGGGCACCGGGGAGAUCUUCAUGACGAUCACAGGCGACGGCGAGGCGGACGGCGCGUCGUGGACGGAGGACGAGGCCACGGUGCGGCGAGCGCGGCAGCACUCCGACACGCACUUGCAGCUCGGAGGCCCUCCAGCGCCGCCGCUGUCGCAGCCGCGCUCGAGGAGCAUGAGCAUGCCGUCGCUGGAGCCGCUCGUCACCUCGGGGGGCUUCGAGGCCGUCCCUGCCACGUCGAGGGCCGCCGACAGGGUUCCCUCGCCCAGCGCGGGUGCGCGGACCCUGUGGUUGCUGCUGUCGGAGGGCGCCCGCGAGGCUGCCCCGCCGCUCGGGCCGUGCGGUGGCGCCGGCUGCACGGGCGCCCCGGAGGCGGUCGCCCUCAGCGCCCCUGGCGGGGUGACGCUCCACGAGGUGCUGGAGCGGCUCUCCCGUGAGCGCGGCCGGCGCUACGACCCCGUGAGCUUCGCCAUCGAGCGGCUCACGGGCGGCGCGACGCAGCGCCUGGACCUGAACAUGCAGGUGAAGCACCUGCAGCCGGGCGCCGCGACGCUGCGGGUGGUGCAGAAGUACACGCCCACGGCCUCGCCCUCCACCCCGCCGCCCCCCCUGCAGAGCGCCCGGGCCCCCGAGGCCGAGGCGGGCGGCGCCGAGCACGGCCCGUCGCUCUGCUCCCACCCGGCCUUCCUCCUCUCCGAGCACGCCGCGGCCAUCGCCACCGAGUACCUGGUCACCGUCGCCGUGCAGGGCUCGAGGGCGCGCCCGGUGGAGUGCCUUCUGGUCGUGGACCGCGAUCUGCUGCGCCACCGGCCGCCGCGCCGGGGGGUGCAGGGGCCCGAACAGCGGAAGGGGCUCUUCAUAGGCGCCCUACUUCGGAAACUGGGAAGCCUCGAGCGUGGAGAUCCAGAUAUUUUCAGCGAGCGGAACGUGCGCGACAUCACCGACAUUUUCCCGCACGGAGGUACGCAAUCAGCCUUCUCGGUGGUGUACAACUGUCUCUCGCUCGGCAUCGGCAGCGAUGACUCCAUUGAGCUUGUGUACGAGGCGCAGACACCCACAGAGCGCGCAGACAUAUUCGCUCGUCUGCGCUUCCUCCAGAUGGUCUUCAAGUGA